AAGAGGACCCCCCCCCCCCCACACACACACACACACGUUGCUUUUCUUUCUGAUUGUAACCUGACCGCAGCUUGUGUGAUUAGAGACACUGUGACACCGUGAUUAAAACUUGAAUUGUUCAAAGUGUUUUCAUUUUCAAACGAUCACAUACCUAAAAUUGUCAAACACAAUAAGACAGAAUAAACGUUUCUUCUUAAGGAAUGUACCGGGGAGUUAAAUACUUGCAUAGUGUCCAAUGAAAUACCUGUAAUAUUUAUAUUAAUACUCCUUUAAAAUAGCUUCCUGUUUCUUUGGCUGUUCUUACUCAAAGCUAAACUUUACUUAUUUAGGUGCAGGAUGAACAGUUCAUAAUAAUAAUGAUUAUUUGAAACAAUUUUUUUUAUUUCAUCCCAUCUUUGAUAAACUUUACUGGACGUAUUGGUAAUAAUAAACAAUCCCACGCAAGAAAAUACCGGUAAAAAAUAUAUUUUCCUGUUUCUAUGGCGAAGAACAAAUACAAUAGCCUGAAAUGUUUGUUAAGAUGAUUGUCAUCCAACAAGAUGGAGAUAAAAACGAUUUAAAGAUUGAUUUUUCGUCACACCGUGUGACUGUGGCGUGAAGUCAAAGUUUGAUGAAACGCCAUCAAUACACAAGGUUCUGUAUCUCGGACAUAUUUGGUCCAAUCGAGUCCAAACUAGACAUGUAAGACGAGAGACCCGGCCUGAUGACAUCUACACAGAAAUUACGACUUGAAAUCACAGCGCCCCCUGGUGGCAGCAGGAAAUGUUUUAUUUUUUGCAUGUCUUACACUUGGAUGUAUUCUUCCUCAUCCACUGACCUCAACCAUGUCAACUGUAUCAAAUGGGUCUCAAAACAUUGAUAGUGUAGGAAUAAGAUUACUGUGACUUUUCAUCAAACGCAAUAUUAAUGGCUUGGCAUUAAAGUUCAUUUACACACCGUGAAACACGAAAUUGCUGUAACUUCUGUGUUCAUGGUUCUAUCUCACUCAAAGGUCGUGGUUAGAGUCAAUACAAUGUGGUUCCCAAACUAGGGGUCGGGCUCCUGUGGGGGUUCACAACACUCAGAGAGGGGGCCACAAUGUCCAAAAAUCUAUUAGUUGGUUCCUCAUUUUUCGCAGGAAAUCUAAAAAACAGACGUCCGAACCUCGACCUAGUAGUGGCUCCGCCCACGUGUACCGUAUGUGUUUGAGUUGUUACAGGAAUCUGGGUUUUCCACCGAGUCGUUUACGGAUCACGAUCACCUGAGUCAGAGUCUGAACUUAUUGACGAGCUAAUGAUUGACGACAACCGAAGAGAUAAUCAGGUCGUCGGCUGAACAGAGAAACUGUUUCUGUGUCUGCGUCACAGAUGUUGGUCUUUAUUUUUAACAUUUCUGAGAAAACCUUUUUGAUCGAAGCUGAAGUCGAUCAUGAGAUCAGUCGGAGUUUCUCUUCUCUCGCUGUUUCUUCUCGUCAUCAAAUCUGAAACUGUUACCAGCGCCCCCCCGCCGACCCCAACCCCGACAGCUGUUGAGGAAAAAGAAGACGAGUUCCUGGGUUCACCUGAGUGUCUGGUGAAGAAGUUGACUCGUGCAUCAUGUGACCUGGUGUUCUGUCCUCCGUGGGAGCGGUGCAUCCAAGGACAGUGCUCCUGUAAACCUCCGUAUCUGUGUCCCACUGACGACGUGAAACCGGUUUGUGGUCGAGACCACCGGAAGUACCGCUCCUACUGCCAGGUGAUGGCGGUCUCUUGUCGGACUAACAGACCUACCAUGUCUUACUUUGGUGACAAAUGUGAAGAGAAUCGUCUGGAGAUCCGGACUGUGAUCGAUUCUGAGACCGGAGUCGUCAGCGUCUCGGUUCCAGACAAAAACCAAACAGGUGUUGAGAAGCACCUGAUCUGUCGGAAGCUGUGGGACAUGGCGACAGCUAACGUGGCCUGCAAAGAACAUGGGAAUCCACUGGGCGCGGCGGUCGCUGGCGCCGUCGUUUUCUCCUCCCUGACGACGGACCAUCCAGGCAAACAGUUCCCAGACACCUGUGUCAGCAUCCGUUGCCAAGGUUACGAGAAAUCCCUGGCCGAGUGUGUCAUCUACGACGGCAUGGAGAUCGGCAACAGGCGGGUCGCCACGGCAACGUGUUAUAACGCGUCACAGGCCCUGACAGGAGACUGCGGCUUCACGUGUGCAAAUAGCAAGUGUGUUCUUCUGAACCAGACAUGUGAUGGAGUCGACGACUGUGGCGACCGCAGUGAUGAAAUGUGCUGCAAAGGUUGCAGGAGCGGUGGUUUGCUGUGUAAGACGGGUGUGUGUCUUCAUAAAGAUUCUGUCCAUGAUGGACACGUCGACUGUCUGGACGGUGAAGACGAAUCGCCCAAACACACCAGAUCAAACAAGCCAGGACUCAACAACACAGUUUGGAUCUCUCCUCAUGAUGAGAUCAAAUCCAGCCGAUCGCAGCUGGAGUCCAAGUUAGAGUGUGGGAUUCCCAACGCGACCACGGUGGACGACGAGUAUGUGGAGGAGCGAGGGCGGGGCCGCCGCUUCAAGAGAGUGGUGGGAGGAGUCCCGGCAAGACCGACUCAGAUCCAGUGGCAGGUCGCUCUGGACUACAACAGGGACAUCGACUGUGGUGGAGCGUAUAUCGGGGGCUGCUGGGUAAUCACCGCAGCUCACUGCAUCAGACCCAACCCGCUGGUGUUCAAUAUCAAGUUUUCUCUCUGGAUGAAAUUGAGAGCUCAGGACACUACGACAAUUAUUCCUGUUGAAGAUAUUCGCAUCCACCCCAGGUACAACGCCGGAACAUACGAGAACGACAUUGCUCUUGUGAAGCUGAAGAAGCUUCCAUUCGAGGACACAUGUUUCGUGGAGAAUCCGGCCAUCAGCGCCGUCUGCGUUCCCUGGUCCGUGCAACUUUUCCAGCCCAACCACACCUGCAGCAUCUCGGGAUGGGGACGAACCGAAGAUGGUCGAGACUCUCCAGUUUUGCUCUGGGCCAACGUGUCGCUCAUCGACGACUGUCAGAGAUUCUACAAAGAUCGAUUCAAGCCAGGAAUGAUGUGUGCAGGUAACCUGGACGGCAGCGUGGACUCCUGUCAGGGCGACAGCGGUGGUCCUCUGGUCUGUGAAGAUGAACUGGGUCGCUCUUACCUGUGGGGCAUCGUCAGCCGGAGGGACAAGUGUGGUCAGCCUGGAUUCCCUGGAGUUUAUACACAAGUCGCUCAUUACUUUGAAUGGAUCAGAAGUAACACAGGUUGGCCGACAGUCACCAGGUUUAACUCCUGAUGAAGAGGACCCCCCCCACACACACACGUUGCUUUUCUGAUUUCAACCUGACCGCAGCUUGUGUGAUUACAGACACUGUGACACUGUGAUUAAAACUUGAAUUGUUCAAAGUGUUUUCAUUUUCAAACGAUCACAUACCUAAAAUUGUGAAACACAAUAAGACAGAAUAAACGUUUCUUCUUAAGGAA